GCAACUAGUAACAAAUCAAGAAUGGCGACUGAUAUCAGUGAUAUGCCACCAGCUGGGAAAUUAAUCCCUCGUGGUCAUGGAACAAAAGAAUGCAUGCAGACUCUUACUGAACUGCCACGUACUGCAGACUCUGUUAAAAAGUUUCGGCACCAAACAUAUCCUGAGCCAGGAGAGAAGAGACUCUGCUAUGCAUUUGUUAAAGAUCCUGACAGAUCAAGCAACACAAUGGGUGUCGCCAGCAAAGCCUCACUCCAGGCUGGGGCUCUUGUCAAUCCUCCAGUCCAGAGUGCCUUUCAGAAGCGCCUUCAAGAUCUCAAGGACUCGCUUUAUUUUAGUAAGAGAAGAGCUCCUCUUGGAAGUUCUCACGAUCAGUCUCACGGCUUGCCCCUGGGACUGGAUCCUCUUGAUAAGAGAUUUGGAAUAGUUAAUAAAAAGGAUAUUUCGGCGGGUGAAUUAGUCAGCCCAUCAGAAGCCCUCAGUCCUGCUGAGGAAGAACUAGCAGCAACACUCUACAAGAGAAGUCAUGGAGACUAUGAAGUUGGUGAAGUGAUUGAUAGGAAUUAUGACUGGUCCCGAUUCACUCGUGGUAGUUUAUAUGGAGUACCAACUCCUCACGAUAACAGUGGAUCUGGUGUUAGGACUGCUUUAAAAUGGUGCAAAAAUCAAGGAAAUGUUACCAUGAAGAAGCUUGAUGACUUCAGAGAACGCAACAGACCACAAAUUGGAAAAGUUCAUGACCCGAUUGAGGAAACACUAUAUGUGCACAUUAAUAGAGACCACACAUUUGGUGUCACUGUCAUCCCAGAUGACUAUUCUGCUGGUGAUCUGGUGCAGAUGAGUGGACCCUCUGCCUUCCUAGAGUGUCCAUCAUGGCAUCCUGGACUAUUAGUGACUAUAAGACAGCACUUGAAGAAAAACACUUUCUCUAAAUUUGGUGAACUGUUGGAUGGAUUAAAUCAAAAGGGAUCUAAUGGAAAGGCAGACCCUAGUGAUGUUAAAGAAAUUCUUUAUCAGUUUCAAGUUCCACUUGACCAAGACAUGGCAGAGCUAUUGAUUGCUUGGUCUUCAGACCCUGAGGGAGGAGGUGUGGUCUGCAGUGACCUGGUGGGUCUUAUGAACUGGAUGGAGCCAGUCUCAGUUGACAUCAGCAACAGAGUCUCUGAGAGAAUGAAAGAGCCGGUAGGACUAGAACCAUCAAAAGUUGUCCUUUCUGAUGCUUAUCGUACUUCAUCAGGGCAAAUAAAAGCAACAGUAGGAUCUAUUCACACCAACGAGUAUAGAACAUUUGGUGUGCCAGCCAUUCGUAGUGAUAGACCAGCUCCCAAGAUAAAGAGAGUCAGUGAUCAAACAAAUUACGGUGAUGAGUCAGAUGCCUAUGGUCUAAUUUAUCCUUCAAUAUAUUCUAAUCACGGACUAUAUGAGAAAGAUUUUUUUACACCACGUCCCCCAGAAGAGGUGAGGCAGGUAUUCACAGCUGCUGGUAUUAAUAUUAGUGAUGAUGCAUUCAAGACACUUUGGGAGAAGGCAGUUGGAAAUAAUCCCAGUGGAAAGGCAUCAGUGGAGUCAUUUCGUGCAGUAUUAGAAAACAUUCAGAUAUCAGAGAAAUAAACAAAAUGAUUAGAAACAGUUAUUAUUAUUAUUAAUUUAUUAUUAUUAUUGCACAAAACACACACAAACAAUAAUAAUUAUUUUAAUGCUUUUUAAAAAAAUUAAUAAUAAUAAUAAUAAUAAUAAUCAAUACAACAACUAUAAAACAAGUCA